AUGUUCCCCGAUCUACCGGAACACUUGCAAACUCUCAACGCUCUCCCAGGCAACACACCACCUUCAGCUGCUAUGAACGCAGAACAAGAAGAGGCAUUUUGGGGUUUCUUACACGCCGAUGAAUUGUUCCGAAACUUUGGAAACGUACCUUCACCUUCUGAACAAAACGCUCAAUUACCAUCAGAUAAAACCUAUAAUCAAAUCAUCCAAUCCGCACCUGCACCUGCACCAACCCCUAUUCAGACCCCGACAUCAAACGAUAAAGGAUCAGCACCUACACUAGAAUCUUUCAUCGCCGCUUACAUUGGUCAAUCAUCUUCUCACGGUGCUGCAUCAACUUCUCACGCUUUACCAGCAAACUACCUUAUCCCAUUACCAACACCUUACAACAACCCAAUACAAACUCCCUCAUCAGCACCAACACCAGCGGGAAUAAACACCUCUGACGUGCUUCCCGGUUCGGCGUCGAUGUUUGGCGAUUCACCAGAGGAUGAAAGAAUAACCGGUGCCAAGAAGUUGAAGUCGUUGGGUGCACCUCAAGUGGAGAUUGAAGAGGAUAAACGACGACGAAACACGGAAGCUUCGGCCCGAUUCAGAGCCAAGAAGAAGGAGAGAGAGCAAGCAUUGGAAAGAAGGGCUAAAGAUCUUGAAGCUCAAUUGGCUGCUCUUCAAUCUGAAAACACAUCACUAGAGAAUGAGAAUCGAUUACUGAAGGCUAUUGUACUGAACGGACCUUCAGGCCAAGCACUUCCCGGAUCAAUCUCAACAUCACAAAUGAACGGUCUCCCCCAACCUUCACUACAAGCUGCUUUAGCUUCACUCACCCAAAAGAGGAAGAGGGAGGAAUAA